AUGGGUGUCAUCCGCAACAUCGUCAUUGCGGUGUCUGCCAUCUCCUUUCUGACCUUUGUCGCCCUAUUUGGCCAGCUGCCUGCAUUGCGGAAGACGCCAAUCGGGUGGUUGCAUUGGCUCCUCCGCUACGGCAUCCCAAACUUCCUCGCCGGUAUUGAUCAACACGUCACAGGCGGCAAGAUUGCACGGGUUGGAGUCCGAUUGGGGAAUUAUCUGUUCUUCAAGAAGAAUCCCGUGGUUCUGAUCAUCUUUCUAGCCUUGCUCACUGGAAGUGCCGGUUUGCUCCUCUGGCAUGGCAUCGCACUCCUACCAACCAAGCUUGUCAUACCUAUCCCGAUCCUUCUGGUCCAGCCAUACCUCUUCACCUGGCUCUGCGCUUCCCACAAAGGUCACCACAUCAUCUCCGCUACGCAUCGACAGCGCUUACACGACUACCCUUACGAUCAUGUCCUCUUCAACCCUGGAAACAUCUGCAUUACCUGUCACCUGUACAAGCCGGCGAGAUCGAAGCACUGCAGUCUCUGUGGGGUCUGCAUUGCCAUGUGCGACCAUCACUGCCCAUGGGUGAACAACUGCGUGGGUCGCGGCAACUAUCGCUAUUUUCUCGCCGUCCUACUCAGUCUGGGCCUCGUCGAAGUGUACGGCGCGUAUCUCAGCUGGUACAUUCUACGACCGCAGGUGCAGAUCGACCCCACAAACCCCUUCUUCUCGCGAGCAUAUGCCAACAAUCUCAUCGAUGCGGCGGUCGUGGCCGUUAAUAUCGGUGGUCUUUCCAUUGCCGGCGUUGGAAUGCUUGCUGCUGCAACGGGGGCACUGCCUUUUGGCCUCCUUGCAUACCACUGCUACCUCAUCUGGGCAGGGCUCACCACGAAUGAGUCGUCGAAAUGGGCCGACUGGCGGGAGGACAUGAGAGACGGACUGGUCUUCAAAGGCAGCCGUCAGGCUUUGCAAAUGCAUCAUCACCCCCACGAUAACGAGGAGAAUAGGUGGGGAUACGCGAAUGGCAACAGCGACUUUGCAUCAGUCGCCAAUACGACUCAACACGAGCCUCACGUUCCGUGGCCGAUACACAGUGAUCAAGCCAUUUUUCUAAGUCGAGAUGGUCGGCCUCCUGCUGGCGAAGAAGCCCUCUGGACACAGGUCUGGGAUCUCAAGGACGUAGACAAUCUCUACGAUCUCGGGGGUUGGCGGAAUUUCACGGAUGUCCUCCAAGGGAAAUGA